UCUGAGGAAGGAUGAGUUCUGGACUUCUGGACUUUGCAACCAACUUCCCUAAGUUGGAGCAGUUUGAAGGCGUGGGCUUCCGUAGGUGGCAGAAGAAGAUGAAGUUCCUCCUUGCGGCUCUGAACGUGGCAUACGUACUAAGUACCCCAAAGCCGGAGGAACGGGAGGAUGAGACUCUUGAGGCUACUCGCCGGAGACUCAAAUGGGAGAAUGAUGACCUUGCUUGCCGCGGCCAUAUUCUGAACGGUAUGUCUGACACCCUCUUUGAUAUUUAUCAGUAUGACGAAUCCUCAAAGGACCUCUGGGAUGUACUUGAAGCAAAGUACAUAUCUGAGGAUGCCUCCAGUCAAAUGAGGCAACAUGAUAUGCAUAUGGAUGAUUCCAUUGCCAUAGCCAGUAUCAUUGAUAAGUUGCCCCCUUCCUGGAAAAAGGUACAACGUACCUUAAAGCAUAAAAAGGAAGUUCUUACUAUGGAACAGUUGGGGGUUGACCUUCGAGUUGAGGAGGGAAUCAGACUGCAAGAAAGCAAGAAUGCUGGUAAUGCAAAGGUCACCGGGGCUUCAGGUUCUGUCAUCAACAAUGUUGAUGAAGGCAAAUCAAGUGGGAACCGUAAAGGAAAAGGGAAGCCAGGAAAGACCACAAAUUCUUCAAAGUUUAAGAAUAAAGGAAAAGGAAAAGGAAAAGCAUCUGUUUCAUGCUGGGUGUGCAACGGUCCACACUUUAAAAAAGACUGUGAAAUUUGGAAGAAAAGAAAGGCACAAAUGGAAGACUGAUGACUCGUGGUGGGUUGACACUGGGGCAACCAGACAUGUCUGCAAGGAUAUAAAUCUUUAUAAGAUUUAUAAAAGUCUGAAUGAUGGUCCAAGCCUGUACAUGGGAAAUGAUUCCAUGGUGAAAGUCAAAGGCAUUGGACAAGUUGAGUUGUUGCUUACUUCAGGAAAGAAGUUGACACUCACAGAUGUAUAUC